UCACAAAUGUCCCACUUUUACUUAUCUGCAUCCAUCCACGCAUUCUAUUCGAAGAAGACAAAUGAUUCCCAUUCUCUGACUCGUGUCAGAUUGGCCCAUUUUCUCCUCUCUCGAUAGUUAUGCGUUGAAUGGUGUAUCUGAAGCUACACAUUGCGUGACGGAAUCAGCACAGAUUGCGUUACCGCUUGAACCACAUUGGACUGAGGAAAUCGCCUCCCUGAAUUCACUUUUAUGGCUACAGAUAUAACACAAAGUGCUAUGCAGAGGUCAUAGCUUUGGCCAUGUGUUAGCGAAGAGAAAUUCUCGUGUACAGACGUUGCUUCCUCCACACCAUCCAUGGCGAAUUCAAAUGCGGUAGUCAGCAGCUCGUUUUGGAGAGGCUGUACAGAUACAGUCGACCUCGUUACAGGUUGGACAUCAACCUCAGCACGUCCGUGCUGCCAAUUUAGCAGUGACCGCCAAUAUUUGUCAAAAACCACAAGACUGAAAUUUCGGAAUCUACCAAGAUGUGGAUUUUCGGAAUCGCGGAGGCGCAAAGAUGCAAGAACAAAGUCGGAGAUUGGGACGGGCAGGCAUGUGAUAAGCCUGUCAGGUGGAAGUAUGCCAAGAAGGUUUGGUGAAUUUUCUCAGCAGAGGAGGAAGUCAAAUCUGCUUAUCAAUGCGGCUUACAUUUCGCCUCCAGGAGCACCAACUGACUCGAUGUACGACCCAGUUUCGGAUAGCAGUGAACAUUUUGAGCUGGAGAAAGAAUCUCCAAAGAGGGAAAGCCUCAUCAAUGCUGGCCUCAUUGUCCGACUCGUUUUGGAAGAAAAGCGGAGCCUUGCUAUCGUUUUUCUCAGUCUCGUCUUCGGCACUACAUGCACAUUAAGCAUGCCAAUUUUUUCUGGACGCUUUUUUGAGACUCUCAUCGGAGUUCGUAAGCAGCCGAUGUAUAGCCUGCUCCUGAAGUUGUUCGUGGUAUACUUGAUGGAACCCGUGUGUACGGUUGUCUUUGUCACUAACAUGAUACGAAUUUGGGAAAAGGUUAUGAAAGAACUGCGAUUUCAAGUCUUUCAGCGUGUGCUUAUUCAAAAGGUGGAGUUUUUUGAUGAACACAAGGUGGGUGAGCUUACGUCUCUUCUGUCGACAGAUUUAAAUGCUAUCAAGGACAUUGUAAAUGAGAACGUCGCCAGGGACCGAGGUUUUCGUUCCUUUUCAGAGGUUUGUGGAACAGUGGUCAUUCUCUUCGUUUUAUCACCCGAGCUAGCUCCUGUGAUGUCGGUCCUCAUGAUUUCCAUUGCGGGAAUUGUUGCAAUUUAUAAACGCACAACGAUGCCUGUAUUUAAGGCACACGGCUUGUCAAUGGCACGGAUCAGUGACCUCGUGGGGGAAACCUUUUCUGCUAUCAGGACAGUUCGAUCUUUUGGUGGUGAGAGGAGACAAACAUCCAUGUUUCAAAGUCAGGUGCUGGCGUACCAAGAGAGUGGCAACAAGCUUGGAUGGCUAAAGGCAGCAAAUGAAUCCUGGACACGCGUUGUGGUGUAUGUAGCCCUGAUGGCUCUAUACAUACUCGGUGGAGCGAAAGUAAACGCCGGCGAGUUGCCAGUUGGACGGAUGGUUUCGUUUAUUGGAUACACAUUCACUUUGACUUUUGCUAUGCAAGGAUUGGUUAAUACAUUGGCAGAUCUGAGGGGUGCCUUCGCUGCUGUUGAUAGAAUCAACACAAUCAUAGGAACUGGAAAAGUAGACGAGUCUCUCGCCCUUGGGCUUGAACUGGAUAUGAGUGAAGACCAUGCAAAGAGUGUGGAGAAAUCGUCCAACGGAAUUUUUUCAAAUACAUCGCGUGCUACUUCAACUGAUGAGGACAAGCUGGGGCCACGCACUACCGUUUGUGAUUUAGCCUGGUCAGGGGAUGUCGCUCUUGAAGAUGUACACUUUGCAUAUCCUUCAAGACUAGACGCAGAAGUGUUGAAGGGAAUCAACAUAAUCUUAAAAAGUGGCACUGUUACGGCCCUUGUUGGAAGUAGUGGUUCUGGGAAAAGCACAAUUGUCCAGUUAUUGGCCCGUUUCUAUGAGCCAACGAAAGGACGGAUAACUCUUGGUGGAGAAGAUGUUCGAAAGUUUGACAAAACCGACUGGGCAAGGGCAGUUUCGAUUGUCAAUCAGGAGCCUGUCUUAUUUGCCAUGUCAAUCGGAGAAAACAUUGCGUAUGGUGCACCCUUCAGAGAAGUUAGCACCGACGAAAUAGUGAAGGCGGCUGAAGCUGCUAAUGCACAUGAUUUCAUUCAAUCCUUACCGGAGGGAUAUAACACAAUGGUGGGAGAACGAGGAAGCUUACUUAGUGGAGGUCAACGACAGCGUGUCGCAAUUGCAAGGGCAUUGUUGAAGGAUGCUCCUAUUUUGAUAUUGGAUGAGGCAACGAGUUCUCUGGAUAGUGUAAGCGAGCGCCUAGUGCAGGACGCCUUGGACAUUCUGAUGAAGGGAAGGACGACUCUUGUUAUUGCUCAUCGUUUAAGCACAGUCCAAGCGGCACACCAGAUUGUGGUUUGUGGAGAAGGUCGUAUUUUAGAAACGGGAACCCAUUUAGAUCUGCUGUCAAAGAAAGGCACGUAUGCUAAUCUUGUGCAAACACAAAGAGUGAGUUUUGAGUAAUAUUGACUUUUUUGGAAAAAAAUUGUACGGACGGAAUGGAUGACAAAAGAACUCGCAAGAUCUUGAAGUGCCGAAGAACACAUGAAGAAAGCUUCGAAUUACAUUGUUCGUGAUCCCAGAACAUGCUGAUCUUUUCUCCAUUGUGAGUUCUUGUAAGGAAAGGGAUUUGAAAAUGAGAUGCCUCAGAGACCUUCAAUUCUCUCCCGGAAUCGAGAAUUCAGGUAGAGAAAGGAAGGUCAGAAAAUCGAAGGGCUACGGUUUAAUUUAUUGGCUUUGAUGGGUCUGCAGUUCUGGGUCCAAUAAUUGAGAAAACGGUGUCAAGAGCAUUUUUGUCAAGGUGUGUCAAGAUAUACUUUUUAUCAUCACAACAACGGUCAGGGCAUAUAAGCAAAAAUUACAUCGUAGAAUUCUGACUACCCCAUUGCGGUUGAGGCGAAUAACAGAUAAUGAGGAAUGUUGAAAUCAAAACAGGAGAGAUGUAAUGUGCGACUUCCGACUCAGAUAGGACAACCUUAUGGGAGGAGUAGCCGGAAGUUCAGGGUAUGAUCUGCCUUGCAACAUCUUUAAACCAAAGUUAUGAUACUAAUUCAGCGCUCGUGAGCUCCUAGCUCUCUAUCCCCUACAAGCAGAUUCGAACUCCAUAACUUGCGAGCGGUCCGGGCUGCCGCUUACUCCGCGAUGCUUGCGGGGUCAGUUCGUGCCCAGAAAUCGUCCAACACUCUGUCGAAUACCUUGAAGUUGGCUGAAACUAAUGAAGGCUAGAACUGAUCGUACCACAAAACUCAAUUUGUAAUGCAGAGUUCUAAUCACUGGGAUAUCUUCAGGGUUGAAGUUAUCAACAUUUAAAGGAGGAGAGCUUGGGAGACAUGAGAACAAGUUCACUGUAGAGUCCGAUCUAUUUAGUUUCUAACUUGUACCGAUCACUGCAAUUUCUUU